GACCGGCUUUCAGUGCGGAGGAAAUGAAAUAAGAUCGCACUUCUUCCUUAGUCCGACUCUACACCGUCCUCAGGAUGCGGCGUAUCCUCCUUGCUGUGUUCUUGCUGAACGUUCUCCUUCUGUCUUCAACUGUCCAAGCAGGUUUUGGAGAGAAUUUCCUGCGUCUCUUUCGUCCUCAAGAGAACAGUGAUGAAAGCUCGAGCAGCUCGAGCAGCUCAAGCGAAGAAGUUGGGGUCAAAACGAAGGUCGAGACUUCCGUAGAUGUAUCAAGCAUUGUCCGAAGCAUUUGGACGAUCCUUCAAGACCUGUUCAAAACCCAUGUCCUGGAGAUCGAGAAGAAGGCAGUCAAUAUCCUCCGUCACGAGACGAAACUUCUUUCAUUCCACAAGAACAAAUUCAACUUGCUGAAAUUGAAACUGAGUGACCUGAAAUCGAAGAAAAGCGAUUCCCUGAACAGAUUAAAGUAUUGUAUCCCUUUAUUCAGGUCCCUUGAAGAAUUUUAUAGUUCAAAGAAGGCAGAGGAAGGAGAGGCAAAUCUACUGGCUUAUUAUUCUUUCGCCCACCAAGUUAUCUCAGAGAUACUGACUUUGUUGGAAGAAAGUAGCUCCAACAAAGAAGUUUUCUCCACCGAAAAUGAAACCAAGGAAUGGGAAAUAAUUUUGAGUGCAAAAUUUGAGCUUAAUAUAAAGGCAGGGGAUUUGCAUACUAUAUAUGAAAAGUUGGAGUCGUUAAAGUCCAAACGUGCGUCGAUUAAAGGCAAUAAUGUCAAAAACAAAUCAAAAACAAAAACAUCAAUGAAGUAUUUUUUAACCUCGCUGAAAAUUUGGACAUUGACGCAGGAGAUCAUUUAUUCAUUAGUAUUCAGCAUAAAUAUGAAAACCACGACUUCGACGGAAUGUGAGAAGAAAUUUAUUUCAUUUUAUGGGGAAGACUACCCUUUCUUUGCGUUGAAAUUGAAUGAGUUGGGCACGGAUAAAGAAACAUGUGAGAAUGCCAUUAUUUAUAUGAUACCAAUUUUAAAGCAAAUAGGAUUAUUUUAUUACUCUUCCUUGACAAUAUACCGUUCCAAGACGGAACGUCAAGAUUCCACCGAGGUUAAAUUUUAUUCUUUCGCGUAUCAUAAUGUGGCUGAAAUAUUAUCAAUUCUUCAAUCAGGUAGCAGUAAUCAGUCCAUAUUUUCAGUAAAAUCUGCUCAAAAGGAACGAGAGCUAAUACGCACAGGGAUCUUCAUCAAAAUUAAUGAAAGCGACUUAAACAAAAUCUGGCAAAAACUUAAGCUUUUGAGAGAAAAUCAAUCAUCCUUUACAACUUCCAAGCAUAAAAAAGUAAAGAUCUCCAAUGCAAACCAGUCCACCCGUCCCACUUCACACUUAACUCAAACAAGCCAAUAUUUACAGACCACUUACAAAAUUUGGAUACUAAUAUCUCAGUUUAUUCAGACAGUAAUACACAGUAUAGAAACUAAAACCACGUUUUUCGAAUGUGAAACCAAGUUUCUAGACUUUUAUAAUAAUCAAUUUCCAUAUUUUGUAAAUUUUUUUAAAAAAUUACAAACAGGUGAAGGUAACUACCACAGUCCGAUCAAACAAGUAAUUCCUGCUGUGAAAAACUUGAGGAACUUCUUCAAGUCGAUAUCCGAGAAGAACAUAUCAACCCUAUCAAUGUCAAACCAAUACAACUUAAUCAAGUUUCAUACGAUGGCAUACAAGACUUUCUCAGACAUCCUGGCUUACCUUGAGAAGAGGUGCUCUAAUAAAUCGAUUUUUACGGAAGAAUCAAUAGAUGACGAUAUACGAAUUCUUUCGGCCACGGACUUUGAAAUUAAUAUACAGGCAACCGACUUACAAACUAUUUAUGCUCAUCUAACAACUUUAGAAGAAAAACUAACAAAAGAAAACUAUUACAAAUCACAUUUAAAACAUGUGGUUAAAAGCGAAAUAUCAUCUUCAGCAGCCAUUCCAUACCUAUCAAACUCUACAAAAACAGAAAAAGAAAUAGUACCCAUCAACAGACAUAAAGAUUCUAAUUUCGGCAAAAAUAUUUACCUGCUGACAGAAAGACUGUUCGUCUCUCUGGUGAAUUCGAUCCAGACUAAAAAAUCUAUCGCGUGCGAAUACGACGCAAAGCUCCUCCAAUUCUACAGCGAGCAUUCCCAGUUCUUCGCUUCGAAGCUCAAGGAAGUCCUCACACUGAAAAACGACAGCUCCCAGAGUGUACUAAAAUGGAUCUUUCCGCUUGUGAAACGCAUGACAACGUACUACUAUACCGCAUCUCGUGAGACGACGACGACGACGACGACAGCAACGACCUCCGUCACUAACGAAUCCGCCGUCACGAGCUUCUACUCCUACGCCUACGCCAAACUCACCACCAUUUUGACCGUGCUUCAAGAGAAAUGCUCCGACAAAACGAUAUUUUCAACGGAAACUUUCAGCGAGGAGUCAAAGCUUCUCUCGAGCAGUGCAUUCACGCUGACGCUCCAAACGGAGGAUCUGCAAGAAAUCCAAGAGACGUUGUCCACUGUCAGGCGACGCCAAUCAGGUAUCUUCGCUGAUACCAACAUCCCUAUUCCGGGAGUGGAAAUGAAGGGUCUUAUCUCCGGGUCUGAGGGCCUCACUGGCUCCUCUGAAGCUCUCAUCUCAACAAGCAGCACUCAAAGCCUCUCUAGUUUCAGCAAAAAUAUUUACCUGCUGACAGAAAGACUGUUCGUUUCUCUGGUGAAUUCGAUCCAGACUAAAAAAUCUAUCGCGUGCGAAUACGACGCAAAGCUCCUCCAAUUCUACAGCGAGCAUUCCCAGUUCUUCGCUUCGAAGCUCAAGGAAGUCCUCACACUGAAAAACGACAGCUCCCAGAGUGUACUAAAAUGGAUCUUUCCGCUUGUGAAACGCAUGACAACGUACUACUAUACCGCAUCUCGUGAGACGACGACGACGACGACGACAGCAACGACCUCCGUCACUAACGAAUCCGCCGUCACGAGCUUCUACUCCUACGCCUACGCCAAACUCACCACCAUUUUGACCGUGCUUCAAGAGAAAUGCUCCGACAAAACGAUAUUUUCAACGGAAACUUUCAGCGAGGAGUCAAAGCUUCUCUCGAGCAGUGCAUUCACGCUGACGCUCCAAACGGAGGAUCUGCAAGAAAUCCAAGAGACGUUGUCCACUGUCAGGCGACGCCAAUCAGGUAUCUUCGCUGAUACCAACAUCCCUAUUCCGGGAGUGGAAAUGAAGGGUCUUAUCUCCGGGUCUGAGGGCCUCACUGGCUCCUCUGAAGCUCUCAUCUCAACAAGCAGCACUCAAAGCCUCUCUAGUUUCAGCAAAAAUAUUUACCUGCUGACAGAAAGACUGUUCGUUUCUCUGGUGAAUUCGAUCCAGACUAAAAAAUCUAUCGCGUGCGAAUACGACGCAAAGCUCCUCCAAUUCUACAGCGAGCAUUCCCAGUUCUUCGCUUCGAAGCUCAAGGAAGUCCUCACACUGAAAAACGACAGCUCCCAGAGUGUACUAAAAUGGAUCUUUCCGCUUGUGAAACGCAUGACAACGUACUACUAUACCGCAUCUCGUGAGACGACGACGACGACGACGACAGCAACGACCUCCGUCACUAACGAAUCCGCCGUCACGAGCUUCUACUCCUACGCCUACGCCAAACUCACCACCAUUUUGACCGUGCUUCAAGAGAAAUGCUCCGACAAAACGAUAUUUUCAACGGAAACUUUCAGCGAGGAGUCAAAGCUUCUCUCGAGCAGUGCAUUCACGCUGACGCUCCAAACGGAGGAUCUGCAAGAAAUCCAAGAGACGUUGUCCACUGUCAGGCGACGCCAAUCAGGUAUCUUCGCUGAUACCAACAUCCCUAUUCCGGGAGUGGAAAUGAAGGGUCUUAUCUCCGGGUCUGAGGGCCUCACUGGCUCCUCUGAAGCUCUCAUCUCAACAAGCAGCACUCAAAGCCUCUCUAGUUUCAGCAAAAAUAUUUACCUGCUGACAGAAAGACUGUUCGUUUCUCUGGUGAAUUCGAUCCAGACUAAAAAAUCUAUCGCGUGCGAAUACGACGCAAAGCUCCUCCAAUUCUACAGCGAGCAUUCCCAGUUCUUCGCUUCGAAGCUCAAGGAAGUCCUCACACUGAAAAACGACAGCUCCCAGAGUGUACUAAAAUGGAUCUUUCCGCUUGUGAAACGCAUGACAACGUACUACUAUACCGCAUCUCGUGAGACGACGACGACGACGACGACAGCAACGACCUCCGUCACUAACGAAUCCGCCGUCACGAGCUUCUACUCCUACGCCUACGCCAAACUCACCACCAUUUUGACCGUGCUUCAAGAGAAAUGCUCCGACAAAACGAUAUUUUCAACGGAAACUUUCAGCGAGGAGUCAAAGCUUCUCUCGAGCAGUGCAUUCACGCUGACGCUCCAAACGGAGGAUCUGCAAGAAAUCCAAGAGACGUUGUCCACUGUCAGGCGACGCCAAUCAGGUAUCUUCGCUGAUACCAACAUCCCUAUUCCGGGAGUGGAAAUGAAGGGUCUUAUCUCCGGGUCUGAGGGCCUCACUGGCUCCUCUGAAGCUCUCAUCUCAACAAGCAGCACUCAAAGCCUCUCUAGUUUCAGCAAAAAUAUUUACCUGCUGACAGAAAGACUGUUCGUUUCUCUGGUGAAUUCGAUCCAGACUAAAAAAUCUAUCGCGUGCGAAUACGACGCAAAGCUCCUCCAAUUCUACAGCGAGCAUUCCCAGUUCUUCGCUUCGAAGCUCAAGGAAGUCCUCACACUGAAAAACGACAGCUCCCAGAGUGUACUAAAAUGGAUCUUUCCGCUUGUGAAACGCAUGACAACGUACUACUAUACCGCAUCUCGUGAGACGACGACGACGACGACGACAGCAACGACCUCCGUCACUAACGAAUCCGCCGUCACGAGCUUCUACUCCUACGCCUACGCCAAACUCACCACCAUUUUGACCGUGCUUCAAGAGAAAUGCUCCGACAAAACGAUAUUUUCAACGGAAACUUUCAGCGAGGAGUCAAAGCUUCUCUCGAGCAGUGCAUUCACGCUGACGCUCCAAACGGAGGAUCUGCAAGAAAUCCAAGAGACGUUGUCCACUGUCAGGCGACGCCAAUCAGGUAUCUUCGCUGAUACCAACAUCCCUAUUCCGGGAGUGGAAAUGAAGGGUCUUAUCUCCGGGUCUGAGGGCCUCACUGGCUCCUCUGAAGCUCUCAUCUCAACAAGCAGCACUCAAAGCCUCUCUAGUUUCAGCAAAAAUAUUUACCUGCUGACAGAAAGACUGUUCGUUUCUCUGGUGAAUUCGAUCCAGACUAAAAAAUCUAUCGCGUGCGAAUACGACGCAAAGCUCCUCCAAUUCUACAGCGAGCAUUCCCAGUUCUUCGCUUCGAAGCUCAAGGAAGUCCUCACACUGAAAAACGACAGCUCCCAGAGUGUACUAAAAUGGAUCUUUCCGCUUGUGAAACGCAUGACAACGUACUACUAUACCGCAUCUCGUGAGACGACGACGACGACGACGACAGCAACGACCUCCGUCACUAACGAAUCCGCCGUCACGAGCUUCUACUCCUACGCCUACGCCAAACUCACCACCAUUUUGACCGUGCUUCAAGAGAAAUGCUCCGACAAAACGAUAUUUUCAACGGAAACUUUCAGCGAGGAGUCAAAGCUUCUCUCGAGCAGUGCAUUCACGCUGACGCUCCAAACGGAGGAUCUGCAAGAAAUCCAAGAGACGUUGUCCACUGUCAGGCGACGCCAAUCAGGUAUCUUCGCUGAUACCAACAUCCCUAUUCCGGGAGUGGAAAUGAAGGGUCUUAUCUCCGGUUCUGAGGGCCGUCCACUAGCAAACGGUACCAUGUCCGCCUCAUUUAACAAUGAAUCGGUUUUGUCCAAUACCACGUCAUCGAUGUAUGUUGGUACCCGUUUUGAAAACGCCUCUAAGAGUUGGAAAACAGUGAAUGGAACCUCCGCCUUCGUAGAUAAGAUGACUGGUAACCUGCAAAUCUUGCAGAAAUAUUACUGUGAUGAACUGGGAAUUUUAGUUGAUUAUGACGGAGAAAAAAUCGGUAGUAGUAUUGCUACUGUGAAAAUCAAUGGAACCCCUCUUCUCAAUUUCUUCAAGCGGAUUGUUUCGUACCAUGAAAAAUAUGUUGGAAUGACUAAGUCCCGGUCGGAUUCUGUGGUCCAGCUCUUGAAGUUUCUUCGAUUCGACAGGAAGGUUCAAGGUGUUCUUUUUGAUAUGAUAAAGGAGUUUCUGGAAUGGAAAACGCAUGUCGCAGAUUUUUUCGUGGCACACAAUGUCUCUGAAAUGUGUCUGACAGAAUGCGUGCUCCAAACUUAAUUUUUGUAGGUCAUUUUAUUGCAGUGGCUACAUAGGUGCUAUGUCGCGGCUCCCUAUGUUUUAGUUUGUUUUAAUAAACUGUGAAGUUACUGAA